GUCAUUAUACUUCUAUGUUGUCAGUUUUUCAGGGAAAGGCGGGUAAAUGGUGGGGGGAAAUUUAAUGUCUUGUUAAGAUUUGCAGAAUAGUUUGCCCGUCUUUGCCUUUCUGUAAACGCCAGGACAGAGCUGAUAGACAGCCGGGUGUCAUGGCGUGUAAAAGAGGAGCUCUCAUUGUGCUGGAGGGGGUGGACAAGGCGGGGAAAACGACACAGUGCAACAGACUAGUUCAGGCGCUGCAACAAAGUGGUCGGCCGGCAGAGAUGAUGAGAUUCCCCGAUAGGACUACAACAAUUGGAAAACUGAUCAGCGCCUACCUGGAGAAGAAGAGUGAUUUGGAGGACCACACGGUGCACCUGCUGUUCUCUGCAAACCGCUGGGAACUGGUACCUUUAAUGAAAAAGAAGCUGGAACAAGGCAUCACUCUGGUUGUAGACAGAUACGCCUUCUCUGGAGUUGCUUUCACCAGUGCCAAGCCAGGAUUUUGUCUGGACUGGUGCAAGCAACCUGAUGUGGGACUGCCAAAGCCAGAUCUCGUUAUGUUUCUACAGCUGAGCCCUGCUGAGGCUGCUCUCAGAGGUCAGUUUGGAGAGGAGAGGUAUGAGACCAGUGUUUUCCAAAGAACAGUUCAACAGAAAUUUGAGCAGCUGAUGAAGGAUCCUUCAGUCAACUGGCAGGUAAUUGAUGCUGCUCAGGGUGUUGAUGAAGUGCACAACGACAUCACCAGCCACAGCCUUAAUGCCAUCAACAUAGCUCAGAACCUGCCACUUGGAGAGCUCUGGAAAUGAACAUAUAUCAGUCAAGUGGAACUGCUGUUUCAAGACCCAGUUAUGAGAGUAUGAUGCAAGAUUUAGUUCAUUUUAUAUACUAUUAUUAUCUGUCAUAAUAACUAAAUUAGUCUUUUGCACACACACACUCUUUGUUUGUUGAAAGCAGAGGAGAAUGCCAGACAGAUAUAUACAGCUGUCAAAUAUCAGAUUCUGGUUUUAUUUUUAGUUUUUAAUCCUCUUACAUGUCUAUUGUCCUUUCACCUGUUUAAUAUAUUGUGUUGAUUAAAUAAAUAAUCUUCAAACGAA